AAUGGCCUCGAUUUAGACGUGAUAGGGAUAUCCCAUAUCUGAGGGCCACAUACUCUCUCCCUUGAAAGCCCAGCUGGCUUUCCCUACUUACAGGUCAAUUUAUACCAGCGAUAUCGUCCCGACUGUCGAAAUGACUCAACUCAACGGCCAAAACCGGGCGCCGAGCACCUACAGCAAUGGUCACGGCAAGUUCUUCCAGGAUGGAGGUGUAUGGAAGGAGGCGCCCUUGCUCAAGGGCACCACCAAGUUUGAGCCUCUUCCCGAUGUCAAGAACAUCAUGAUCACCGGCGGCGCAGGCUUCAUUGCAUGCUGGCUCGUCCGCCAUCUCACUCUCACUUACCCCGACGCAUACAACAUCAUCUCAUUUGACAAGCUGGACUACUGCUCGUCACUGAACAACACUCGUGUCUUGAAUGAGAAGCCAAACUUUACCUUUGUCCACGGCGACAUCACCAACCCCACAGAAGUCGUUAACUGCCUGAAGCGGUACAACAUUGACACCGUCUUCCACUUUGCCGCUCAGUCACAUGUCGAUUUGAGUUUCGGUAACUCAUAUGGAUUCACUCACACCAACGUUUACGGCACCCACGUUCUGCUUGAGAGUGCCAAGAGCGUCAACAUCAAGCGCUUCAUCCACAUCUCCACCGAUGAGGUCUACGGUGAAGUCAAUGAUGACGACGACGACCUCUUGGAGACCAGCAUCCUCGCACCCACGAACCCGUACGCUGCUAGCAAGGCCGCCGCUGAGAUGCUGGUCCAGUCAUACCAGAAGAGCUUCAAGCUCCCCGUUAUUAUCGUGCGCAGUAACAACGUUUACGGACCGCACCAGUUCCCCGAGAAAAUUAUUCCCAAGUUCAGUUGUUUGCUGAACAGAGGCCAGCCCGUCGUUCUCCACGGUGACGGCAGCCCCACCCGCCGCUACCUGUUCGCCGGUGACGCGGCCGAUGCGUUUGACACCAUCCUCCACAAGGGCCAGAUGGGUCAAAUCUAUAACGUUGGAUCCUACGACGAGAUCUCCAACAUUGACCUCUGCAGCCAUCUCCUCAAGGAGAUGAAGAUCCCCUUCGCCACAACUGACGAGUUCAAGAAGUGGGUUAAGUACACACACGACCGUCCCUUCAACGAUCACCGCUACGCCGUCGACGGCACCAAGCUGCGCCAGCUGGGAUGGGACCAGAAGACCAGCUUCGCUGAUGGUCUGCGGAUCACCGUCAACUGGUACCGCCAGUUCGGCGAGGAGUGGUGGGGUGACAUCACCUCCGUUCUCACUCCCUUCCCUGUCGUCCAGGGUCUGGAUGUGUCUGCGGACCAGGAGCCCGUGGCUGACUCACCGCCCACCCCCGAGUCGAAGAAGAGAAAGGUGAUUGACGGCGUCAACGGCACCAACGGCCACUCUAUCAGAGCAUAGAGUCCCAUGUGCUCAGUGGCGGGUGGGAUGAAUGAGGACAUGAGAAAAUUGGGUACGGGGGGGGACAUGAAGAAGGGUGUUGUUUCCCUUCAAUUGUUACGAUGUAAAUCCUUAGAAACGAAACAACGGUCCGGCGUAUGGCCAAGAAAGCUUGGCAAGUUUGCAGAACACACAACACAACACACAUUUCCUGGCUCCGGUCAUGGCGGAGGGCGUAAAAGGCACACAGUAUGGCGGUUCAAUCAUAGAGAACAUGUGGUCGGCAAAUCAAAGCUUUUUUCCAAACGUCG